UAUUGAUGGAUUUAGGAUGGAAAAGCUGGACCUAAAACUAAGAAGCAGUCAAGCAAAAACCAUUGGGACUGUGGUCUCAAUUGCAGGGGCAUUAACGGUGACUUUAUACAAAGGUUUGCCUAUAACAACUCAUGUGAUGCGACACAACUUAUUUCUCUCAUCUCAACAAUCACAAUGGCUACUAGGAGGAUGUAUCCUAUCAACUGCUACCUUUACUGCUUCAGUCUUAAUUGUUAUUCAGACAUGGACAAUUAAGGACUACCCAGAGGAGCUAAUUCUAAUUAGCAUUGCUACCAGUUUCUCUUUAUUCCUAUCUUUCGUAGUUGCUUUCAUUGCAGAGAAAAAUCCCAAGGCAUGGAUACUUAAGCCUGAUAUGGAACUGGUGUGCAUAUUGUGUACAGCCAUUAUAACAGUAUGUACACGAGGUGUGGUUGAUGCAUGGGCAUGUAGAAAGAUGGGAGCUGUAUAUGUUGCUAUGUUCAGUCCUUUAGGAAUUGUGUUUGCACUUGUUAUGGGGAUUAUAUUUCUGGGAGACACUCUUUAUCUUGGAAGUGUGAUAGGAUGUGCUGUAAUAGCUAUCGGAUUUUAUGCUGUAUUAUGGGGUCAGGCUCAAGAGGAAAAUAAGACUAGUCAAAAAGAUGGAGCCUAUGGCAUUAUCCCUUCAUCUGAAACCACCCUCUUACUGCAUACAAGCAAAGACACAAUGAUAACAUAAAAGCUUUGAGGACUUUUAUCCUUUGAUGGAGACAGACAUUCUUAGAUAGUUGAAGUGAAGUCCAAUAUCUUAAAUGUUUUUGCCUUCCAUUUCAAGAGUGCUUGAUACCGGUCACAACUAUAGCAACUGCCAAUUCUUGAAUAAAAUUUUCAUGGAAAAUAAGCCGUAGUACAUUCUUUAUUUCUACUUUAUUCUUAUAUAUUUAUGUGA